AUGAGCCAAACAGAAGGCCCAAGUAAGUCCUCCGCUGCCGCUGAUGCUGCCCGCCGAGAACAAUUUGCCAAACACGUCAAGCGGCAUCCUUUGAACACUGUCGUCCCGGGUUCUGAGGGCUGGACCAGUCCCGCUUUCCGUAUUUUCCUAGAGUCAAACACGGGCAGCCGCGAGGAGGUACAGCCUGGCCACCGCUACUACCCCAUCCAUGCCCACAUCCUAACAGCAUUCAAUCACCUCCUUGCAUCGGACAGGGCAAAGGAGAUCAUCUCGGCUAUGAUUCUCACUACUAUUGCGGAACUCGAUGGGGCUCCAAUCCUGCAUCCAACAGAGGAAGACAAUGACCACAUUAGUGUCUCCGACGUCGAAGAAGCGCUCAAGACGGGAAUGCCGAAUGUCUUCAUUCGAACACUAGCCAAACCGACCAAAUCUGGGCCGCCCACAGAGUUCCCAUGGGGGAUGAUUAGCGUUGAAAACAAUACAAUAGAGCUGAGUCUGUCCAAAGAACUUUGCGAUGUCCUCUGUCCGAUGACACCUGUCCCCAAUGCGGCCUUGCGGGCAUCAUUCGAGCUCAUCCUCCUCCUGACGAUUGAGCAUGAACUUGUUCAUGUCCUCAUAAAGCUGUUCUUUGGGCUUACCUUCAUAAUGCCCAGGUUACCAUGCUUUCAAGAGGUCUACGACACCUCGGGCGAUAGAAUUGCGGAAUCAGGGGCAACAUUUGAGGCGUCCUACAUGGGUGUCCAAAUCCAAGCAGAGUGGACCCUCCCCCUCGACGAGCCAAAUUCCAAUGGAUUUCCCAACUUGGAGAAAAUGGCCGGAUUAGUGGCACGAGUACUCCCGUGGCUUGAAGUUUUUCCGCUGGAGCCACAAGAUGUCCACAACCUGCUUGCGUCUUUUUCAAGUGAUCGCCUCUGGAUUCUCAGGCUCAAACAGCUAUAUCUGCCGCUGCCACAAAUCGACAUUAACCGCACUCUGCGCUACAGUGUGUCUUUGGAAAGCCUUGAGAACGAGGAGGAAGAGCCCGAGUUGAACAAUCAGCAAGUCUACCGUUCGGGCUCAUGCUGUGGCACCCACUCACUCCACUGGUCUUCGUCUCAUAGGGUCCAGGUUUGA